UCAGUGUAGGCCAUUGCCAAUCUAUAUGAAAUUGCAUUGUGUAGCUGAAUCCUUGUGUUAUGUGCUGUCAGGGCUGGUGCUCAGAAGCUGCUAAGCUGUCAGUUAAUUACCAGCAGGGGCAGACUGACCAUUUGGAAACUCGGGCACUGCCCGAGGGCCCAGGGUCAGUAGGGGGCCCCAUGAGAUGCCCCUGGUACCUUUUUCAUAGGCUUUUUUGAGUCUGGGCAAGGACACAGGGGCCCCAUGAUCCCCUAUUGCCCGGGGGCCCCAUGA